UAUUCACUUAGGUAUCACUUUUGAAACAGAGUAUAGUCUGUUAUUGAUGCGUGUAUAGUGCAGAGAUAUUCAAACUUUUCCAUUCCACGGCUCCUUUGUGCUCUCUUCACAACAUUUUGGUGGCUCUCAAAUUAUUAAACGUUGAAAUCGAUGCCUCAAGAGAAUAAAAUGAUUUAUGAAGAUUUAAAAUCAAAAUUUGAUCAAAAUGGAUACGUUGUAAUAAAAAAUUUUCUGAGCGAAAAGGAGACAACGGAGCUCAAGGAUGCAGGAGAAAAACUUACCAAGAAUGUGCCGGCUGACGUUAAGACCGUGUUUGUUACUAGUCAAACCAAACAAGUGUCCGACGAUUACUUCAUAGAGAGUGCCGACAAAAUAUCAUUUUUUUAUGAAAAAGCUGCGCUGGACGAUGUCGGAAACUUGUUGGUCGACACCUCGCUGGCGCUGAACAAAGUCGGCCAUGCCUUGCACAGGUUGCACCCGACAUUCGAGACAUGCACGUACAGCGACAAGGUGACUAACAUCUGCCGAUCUCUGGGCCUAGUGAAGCCGGUAGUGCCGCAGAGCAUGUACAUCUACAAAAACCCUGGUGUUGGUGGCGAAGUCAUCUCGCAUCAAGACUCCACAUUCCUCUUCACGGAACCAGAUUCAUUGGUCGGUUUUUGGAUAGCCUUGGACGAUGCCACGCUAGAGAACGGUUGUUUGUGGGUGAUACCGGGUUCACACAAGACCGACAUACACAAACGUCUUAUUCGUAACCCGGACAAAAGCAGUGAAACAAGCCAAACAAUUUUCCAGGGAACGCAUCCAGAAUAUGAACAGUCUUUGUAUGUACCGCUAGCCGUUGAGAAAUCCAGCCUCGUUUUAAUACACGGAAAAGUGGUACACAAAAGUGAACAGAACAAGUCACAGUAUUCGCGACAUGCAUACACGUUUCAUGUAUUUGAUGAAGGAAUUAGCCAAUAUUCUGAACAGAAUUGGUUACAGACAAAAGUUGGAUUCAAACCACUUUAUAUUAUAUAAACAUUAUGAAAAGAAAUACAAUAAUUUUACACGACAUAA